CCCUUUUGGUUCGCGAAAUCGAAACGCACACUUUGCGCAUGCGCUCUUGGACCUAAAAUUGCGGAAACGACCUUGACGAAAAUCAGAUGAAAUAUUUAUUUUAACAUUAUUUACUGAAAAUCAUAGAACACAUGGACAGGUGCUUGCCGGAUUAAAUAUUGACGAGGUGACAUUGACAAGUGUUAUGGACAUCUUAGACUGCUGUGACAUAUGUGGCGAAGGCCAUUCAACAGAACUAUGCCCAGAGCUUGGUCUAAACAUUGCCCAGACAGAGUUGGAUCAACUAUCAACAAGGGCAAGGUUAACAUUGCCAGGGUUUGUACAGGUUGUUGAUAAUGGGUGUGGUUUAGUGGGCGUGGUUGCCAAGGAAACAAUAGCCAAUAAAACACAGCUUGGACCGUAUGAGGCUAAGAGGACUACUCAUAUAUUUGAUGAUUCUGGAUUCUUUACAUUAAAGCUAAUAGCUAAAGAUGGAACCACAGUCUGUCUAGAUACCACUGAUGAGAAUGAAUGUAACUGGCUUUGUUUGAUACGAGCAGCCACAUUGGAAAGUAACAAAAACUGCAUCGCAUAUCAGCUCGGUAAUAACAUCUUCUACAACUCGACAAGGGAGAUAACUCCUGGAGAAGAGUUAUUGGUAUGGUAUGCUCCCCACUUUGCAAGAAAGCUCGGAAAGCCACCAGAACCGGAUGGGAUGACCAGAGUGUUACUGGGACAUAGGAUAGAGCCAUUGACCUCUGACCUUCUCCUUGAUGAAGGGUCCUCUGUAUAUGAGGCAGAAGAUGUAAAUGGAAGCGUGGAACAACCAGCUGUAGACAACGUUCAGACAGCUAACACAGGUCGACCAACUGGUGAAAUCAGGAAAGCGUUUUACUGUCCCAGAUGUGGAAAUACAUUUGAGACGCAAACAGAGAUGGUGCAUCAUCUUCGAGAACAUGUGUUGACAUCAUCGGACACACCUAGACGAGGGAGAGGUCGACCACGUAAAUACAAUGUAGAUGUAAGACCAAGUGGAUUAAGUAAGCCAAAAAAAUCCAGUGUCAUAGUAAAUAGAGAAGAGGCAAUGUUACAUUUUAGAAAGCCUAUAAAAACGUACAGCAGAAAGAGAAAACUUGAAGCAAAUGAUGAGGAUUAUGCUAAAAAUUAUGAAGAUGGCGAUGAUGAGGAUGACUUUGCUGAUAAGGUGAUGGGUGGAACUGAUUACACGAUGAAAGAUAAAGAAUAUACCCCGAAGGUUGAUGUGACUGUGUCGGGAACCAGGGUGAUGCCGAAGCGAAGCAAUCGUGGGAAACACAGUAAAUAUGAUGAAGAUUUUGUGUAUCAUAUUGUGAAAAAGGAGAUAAAAGAAGAGCCUUAUGAUUCAUUUAGUAGUAAUGACAAGGAAAUCAAAGUAAUGAAUAAUAUCUCUAGAGCAGAUGGCAGGGCUGUAGGUAAGGUAACAGCCAUUGAAGGUGAUGUUAAUGCUAAAAAGGGGAGAGGAAGGCCUAAGAAAAUUCCAGACAAACCGGAAAGUACUCCAGUAGAAAAAGAACCAGUAGGAACUUUAAGUAAAGAGGUUGUACAAGAGAGUAUUCUAGCACUUAAAUCCAAGGACAAAGAUGAACAAAAUAAGGAUGAUGAAAACAAAGGUAAUGAUGAAGCAGUUAAAAAAGAUUCUCAUCCUGAAAAUGAAAGUGAUAAUACUGAUUGGUCUCAGAGUGAAGCAGACAAAGAGGAUGAAAAUGUGAAUAUUGCUGAAAAUAAUAGAAGUAAUGACUCGGAGGACAUGGCCAAGACCGAAGCUUCUGAAAAACAGGGCUUGUCAGUCGAAAUUAAUGAAAAUGUUAAUAAAGCAUUGGCAGUCACUGAUAAAAUCAAUGAAUUUGAGGCCAUUGAUGAAGAUCAACUUAAAGAUGGUGAAAAUGUUGUUGAAGGUCUUGAUGAAUCUUAUAAGGUAAAAAGUUGUGAAAACGAGACUGUUGUUAGGCAAGAUACAGCUGUGGAUGAAAGUUUAGCAGAAAAAAGAGCUGAAGUCAAAGUGCCAGUAGAAACUGAAGAGAAGGGUUCAGUUGUAGUUAUGUUCGAAGAGACUGAUGAUGGUAGCUAUGGAUGUGCAGUUUGCGAUGAAAGGUUUACAAAUGAAUUAGAUGCUAUAUCUCAUUUUAUGCAGCAUGAUAAGACAGGAACGGUGAACUGUAAAACUUGCCAUGUUAGCUUUGAUAGUAUUGAGGCUCUUCUUCAGCAUCGGAAGGAGUGUACUGCAAGUAAUGUUGACACAUUGUACUCUGAUGAUGUUACAAAGGCUAAAGAUGCAGCAGAAUUUGUGUGUGAUAUUUGCAAGCAAGCUUUUAAGACGGCCCAGUAUCUUUAUCGUCAUUUAGUUAUACACACAGAUGUGUUUCAGUGUGAACAAUGCAGCAAAACUUUCUCACGGAAGGAUUCCAUGCAGAAACAUAUACUUAAGUGUUGUCCAUCUCUUGCUGAAAAGUACAAAAUAUUUUACUGCGAGGUGUGUUUACGGGUAUUUUCUAAAGAGUCAGGAAAGCGCAGACAUACAGAAAAAUGUAAAUCUGUUCAAUGUAAAAAUUGCUCAAAAAUAUUUGUGUCUCAGUCCGACCUUGAAUUGCAUACGUGUAAAAUAUUCGAACUGGAUGAUUCGGCAAAAUACUCUUGUGGGCGAUGCUCUAAAACCUUUCAGUCAUUAUAUUACUUAAAACAACAUCAGCAGCUACAUGAUAAUCACAAUUCAUGUGAACGGUGUGGGAAGAGCUUUUUGUCGAAAGAGGAACUAGAUGGUCAUAAGGGAUUAUGUGAAACAUUGGAAGGGAUUAGACUUUAUGGAGCAGGUAAAUGUUCCAUUUGUUUUGAGACUUUUUCAAACACAAAAGUAUUCCGGAAUCAUUUCCUGUCCCAUACUCAUCCAUUUCAAUGCGAUAAAUGCAAUAAAAGGUUUUUACGUAUUGGCACUCUGAAUAGCCACGACUGUGAAGUUUUGACUGAUGCUGUUUGCAAUGUCUGCUUAAAGACAUUCAAAAACCAGUCUAACCUGGAGAAACAUAUAAAGGAGAAUGGUUGUAUGAGAUACCAGUGUUCCGCCUGUAAUGAACAGUUUAGAUCCAAAGGUAUGGCCAAAGAUCACAAUUGUAUUGUAGAAGCUACUGAGGGAAUAGAAGCUGAAAUUGUUAGCAUAAAUAAUGUCAAAGAGAUUUGUCCAUCUUGUGGAAAAUCUUUCUCAAGUAAAAGUAAUCUCACUAAACACAUGAUAUUGCAUGGGGAGAAAAAAUUUGGAUGCCCACAUUGUGAUAAAUUCUUUCAUCUGGAUGUAUAUCUCAAGGAGCACAUAACAUGUGUUCAUUACAAAAUAUUCAAAUACCAAUGUAACGAAUGUGGACGUCUGCUUAAAUCUAAAACAGGACUCAUUGCGCAUACAAGGAUCUUUCAUUCAAAGAAUGCAGAGGUUUAUCCUUGUACAAAAUGCAGGAAAGUAUUUAAACAGAGAGGAAACAUGAAAACGCACAUGUAUUCUCACAUGAAGGAGCGUAUCUUUAAGUGUGAUACUUGCGCUAAAACUUUUAAGUAUCCUGACCAGCUGAGUCGUCAUAAGAUUGAACAUAAGUUAUUGCCGAAGAUAAAGUGCUCCCAUUGUGAUAAGGAGUUUGUACGUACUUAUGACUUAAAGAAACAUCUUCAGAUCUAUCAUAGUGGUUAUAUUUUCGUGUGCGGUAUUUGCGCGGCCCGGUGUGGUCACCGACACACCUUAAUACGUCAUUAUAAAAGAAAACAUCCUGAAUACACAGAAUUUCUUUAUAGGCAAGGAUACAUUGAUAACUUGUUAAAACAUGUCAGUGAAGUCUUUGAUCCAACAACAGAUCAAGGGAGCACAGUAGAAACAAAAUGUAUUGCUCUUAAUGAGAAAACCACGGACAAUAUACAAAUUCAACCACCCGAGGAACCAACAGAAUUGCUUUCUCUAGAGGAAGCAGAAGCAUUGCAUAGAUUAACUUAUGGGUGUGCAACCCCUCAACAGUUACAACUUUUAAAAGAGAAAGGUCUUUUCAUACAGACCGAGAAUGGUGUUUAUGCUAAUCAAGGUGGUAGUCAAAUUCAAGAUCAGGGGCAGGUAAUCAUUCCUCAAGAUAGUUAUAUAUUAGAAGGUCAAACUAAUGAAAAUGGCCAAGUUCUUGAGAGUAGCACUACUGUGUCUGCUGUGAGUAUAAAUGGAAUACCAGGCAGUUCGCAGCAGACUCUCGAGGGGUUGGAGAAUGGCAACAGUCAGAUUGUAAUAUUACAGAUAAUUGACCCGGACUCGCAGGACUUACAGGGGGAGGUAAUACAGGUUCAUCAAGAUCAGCACGGGAACAUACAGUUAAAUGAGGAACAGCAAGAAAAAUUGCUCAAAUUUAACGAAAAUCAUAGUCAAAUAAUUCAGCUUAAUCAGAAUCAACAAGGGGAGAUAAUGGCGUUAAAUCAGACGGUAUUUGAAUCGAGCGAUGUCUAUCAUGCUACAGAAUUAGAUCAAAACAGUGAGAUUCAAACAGUUGUUGUGGACACAAAUAAUGAUGUUAUUGAACAGGAGGAAGGCAGUCAGGAUGAGGAGUCUAGUUUUGCUGUUGAGGAUCCUAAUAUUGGACAGAAUGAAGCUGAAAAGCUGGCCUCGCUUCCAGAAAUCUCCCUUGAAGGAGGGGAUCCAAAUAUUCAAGCACCAAUGGUAUAUUCACAGGAUGUUACAUGUUCUGAUGAAAUUGAAUAGAUUUACUUUUAAGCGGCACAAUGCCUGAUUAGGAAAAUAAUUCUUCAACAUUCAAACUUUAGAAAUAUAAAAUUAUAUAUAUGUACAUGUAUUUCUUAUUCGAGAAUUGUAAAAAAUCACAAUCAAGGUCAAUCUUUGAAUUUAUUAUACAAAAUUGAACUGAUUUUACUAAGUUGAUCACUUAUAUUUUACCCCAUUACUAAGAUAGUAAGAAAAAUGUCUGCAUAUAAGGCAUCAGGUGAUUUCUGUAAAUAGUAAGUGCCUUAAAAAAUCACAGUGAAAUCUGGGAAUAAAAGCCAUCCAGAGGAGACAAUACAUGGCCUUUAUAGACAAGCGGUCCUUCUUCAGGGUUUACUAUUGUAUUUGAAGGUUUGGUCCUUUUUUACAGGGUUUUCUUAAUUUUGAGGUGGUCUUUAUGACAGGUUUAACUGUAAUUUGUAAAUUGACAAUAUGUAAACUUUAUAUAAUAUUCAUAAGUAUAACUGUAACUUCUUGAGGUGUAUUGCUUUACAAAGAAAUAGUCACACUAAAGCACUUGUCAAAGGAGGGACAAUCUAUGUGUAAAUUUUCUGAAUGUACCUUUAUCAUCAAAUUAUAUAGUUACAUGUGUGUAAAUAUGUUAACUUUAAACCUGCUGUAACAGAAAAUGAUAAACCUCUGAUGUACCACAGUCUGACCUAGUCUUGAGUUCAUUCCCCUAAAACAGUUUAACUGCAUUAUAGGAUAAAUGUAGGCAGGGAACCAGGCUCUAUACUGUUGGUUUUGCUAAACUUUUGUAUUUGAUACUGAAAUCUGUUCAUUUUCAAACACAGGU